AAUAACGCGGGACAGUGGGAGAAAUUAAUCCGUUGUAACUACAACCGUGGUUGAAAGAGAGAGAACAUUAGACAGUCAACAGAGGGUAACAAAUGUUCAACUAGAUACACCUUGUAAUAAAUUACAUUGUCCUCAGCGCAGCUCUGUUUGUUGGACUCUCCCGAUAUAUAUAAAAGCAGCAGCUUAACACGGUUAACGCGUCUGUUUACCGUUGGCAAACGUUUGUUAGCUAACAGCAGCUAACCAGCUGACUGUAGCUCGUUUUCUAAAUGGAUCCUACGGAGGACUUGUCUGCUCGGGUCCUGCUGAAACAUAUUCUGAGCACCGAGACACCCAGGACUCCCAUCACCCGCAGUGCCUCCAAACCACAGAGUAGCAGCGCAACCAGAACCAGCAACAGACUGAGCAGGAAUGACGCUGGUGCCCAAACCCCACAGGACAUCCUAAGACGUAGCCUGAGACAUAAAAUACGAGAGAGUAUAACCAGGCAAUCCCUGCCCGCUACUAAAAGGAGGACUACCUCAGUCGUGCUCAGAAAGUUGCCUUCCUCAACCUCAAUGCUGUUUGAUGAUGGAGACACACCGCGGCACAUACUCAAGAACAUCAUGCUGACCGAGCCUGUGAAGUCCCCUGUGGUUCAUGAAAAAGCUGCGUCAGAAGAGCCACAGCCAUCUUCAUCCGCCUCCAGCAUCACAAGGAAGCGUCCUAGUUUAGAGCUUUCAGGGUUGGACUUGCGUUUUAACGUAACGCUUUUUGAAAACCGUCUUAAAGAUGGAAAAGAUGUUGAGGAAAAUGAAGAAUCAAUACGUGACCAUUCAUCGCUUUCUUUGUCAAGUUCCACUUCUCUGAGUUUAAAAACCCCCUUUGUGGAUGUUCGGACUGAGAAAAAGGGUUUGCAGAGAAGAGUUUCUAACCGUCGAAAAAUCUCAGAAGAAGAAUUUGGCGCUGCUGUAAAUAAAAGGCAGAUGGCAGGAGUGAGCAGCUUUGUGCAAUUGGAACGGGGUCUUAGUGAGACUGAGGACUUCACUUUGGGCCAAAGCAAACUCAGUGAACCUGAUAUCACGGCCGAUAUCCUCCAGUGUGACACGGCUCUCUACGCCCGGCCUGAUGCCAUGACCUCCAGCUUUUCCUUUGUUGCAUCUCAGGACAAACCAACAGUGUUGGCGUCUCAGUUUCAGAAACAGAUGGAGCAGGAGGAGCAGAUGGAGGCAGAGCAGAGCAAGCUGGGGACAGAGAAGUCAACGUAUUCAUUUCCAACUGAAGAGGGGGCUGAACCUCAGAAUGAAAAAUGUUUUUCUCAGUCUGAGAAGGAUGCGGAUGCAGCUGAAUUUCAAAAGGAGAAAGAGAAGAGUACAGCUGAUGGCCGUCUUGAAGAUGCUGCCGCCAUGUCUGAGGAAGAGGAAUGUAUAGCUGAAUCCCAGACAAGUGUAAGCAAUGAUACAGCCGAGUCUGAGGAAGAGGAAAACGGAGUGGAAGCUGAGAAAGGUGCAGCUGAUUCUCACACUGAAGAGGAUGCUGCAACCAGGUCUCAGUCUGAGGAAGAGGAGCCUGCAACAGACUCUCAAACUGAAGAAGGAGGUGCAGAUGACUCUCAAACUGAAGAGGAACAAUGUGGAGUUGAUUCCCAACCUGAAGAGGAUGUUACAGCCAGGUCUCAGUCUGAGGAAGAGGACUGUGCACCAGACUCUCAAACCGAAGAAGAAGGUGGUGCAGGGGACUCCCAAACUGAAAAAGAAAUUGCUGUUGAUCUGCAGUGUGAGGAGGAUGUUGCAGCCAGGUCUCAGUCUGAGGAAGAGGAGGAUGUUGCAGCCAGGUCUCAGUCUGAGGAAGAGGAGGAUGUUGCAGCCAGGUCUCAGUCUGAGGAAGAGGAGGAUGUUGCAGCCAAGUCUGAGGAAGAGGACGAUGUUGCAGCCAGGUCUCAGUCUGAGGAAGAGGGGGAUGUUGCAGAACACCAAAGUGAAGGAAAAAAAGAUUUUUGUGCAUGGACAUCAGAACAGCAGGAACAGGACUUGGAACACAUCGGUCAAAGGGCUAGGCGCUCUGAGGGUAGACUCAUUAUGCCUGUCAAAGAAGCAGGUGAAGAUUUGGCAGACACCACAGAGGCAGGCUGGUCUGAUGGCAAGUCCAAAGCACACAGCAGCCUGGAAAUGGAAAGCCGUGAGAGUGGUCAGCUUCGUGUUGGGAUCCCUGACUUGGCUGAGUCCUCAACCCAAAGACUGAAAGAUGCUUGUUCUACAGAAGGCGAGCCUGAUGCCGAUGAAGAGAACUCCUUUAAUCUUCCGGAGAGGACACAUGAUAUUGAAGAAAGUAGGCACCGGAGUGACCAUUCACCUGAAGAAGCUGCUCAACAGGAGGAAGAGUGGGAGGAUGAAGAAGAUGAAGAAGAGAGUGAUGAGAUCUCCAGCAAGACUCCAGCAUUUGUCAGACAGAAAAUGAACUUUUUUCAGCCCGAUGCUCAGGCCUCCCCUUCUGUCUUUAAGAAUAUUCAAGCCAGCAGUAGUACAGGUGAAGCCUUUUCUGCACCUAAACCAAAGCAGGUGAGACAGAGGAGGAAAGGGCCGGCUAAAAAAGAAGCAAGCCUUCCUAAGAGCUACCUAAUGGGCGUGUUCAAGCACUUUGCCAAAACGAAUGUCUCUGCAGAUGUGUACCCUGUACUACAAGACAUAAUGGAUAAAUACUUUGACCGGCUGGCAGUGGACUUGGAGACCUAUGCUGUUCAUGCAAAGAGAAAAACCAUUGAGGUUGAAGAUGCUGAACUGCUGUUGAAAAGACAGGGUCAUGUGAAUGACAAGGUGCCAGUGGAAGUUCUCAUUGAGAAGUAUCUUCGUAUGGACCAGCGCAAGCUCCUGAUCCCCAUUGCAACCAGUGGAAAUGUUGUUAUCCCUAAAACGCGGAGAUAAUUGUUUUUAUAUACAGCUGCAAUUUAUUUUGUCUGGUUUCAUCUUUGGACUGUUAUACAUAUUACUUGCACUGCAUUUGAUUUGGAUAAGCAUUGUCUCCAUUUAAUGUUGUUAAUCAGAAUAUAAAGGUUUCUGUACGUGUAUAAAUAUUUGUUGACAAGAAUUAGUUUUUGUAUGUGAUGUCUGUAUAGCUUUUUCCUGUCUGUAUUAGGCCGGCCACACACUGCCUGCGUGGCGUGAGCGUGGCGUUUCUGUUGCGUUUCAGCUGCGUUGCGGCUGCGUGGACUUUUGUGUCUUUUCACACCAGAAACGUGUCUGACGCAGUGCUGCUGUUAGCCUUGUGUCGACACGUUUCCCAUUGAUAAAAUGAAAUAUAUACAUGUUAAAUAUAAAUAUAUACUGAUUUGAUUAUAGCAGAGACAACGUCGGCAGUAUUGACGGCAAAAUAG